AUGCCUCAUGCUAUUACACCAACCAGGGUGCUGUUUCUGACUACGCAGCCACCAGCCACCAUCAGAGCUGAGUGGCCAUACUACCAGAAUUACAAUUUCCCCAGCCUCUUGAAACACUUAAACACGACCGUCACAAUCAAGUCAUGGUUGGAUGAAGACAUUAUCGCGGCAAUCCAACAAGUCGACGUUGUGACCUUUUUGUGGUGCAACGAAUACUACAAACAUCCCAAACCCUUUCUUUCCUUUUUGGACAAGUUGGACGAAUUGAGGAAAAAUGACCGAGAUCUUCCCCAUAUCAUAAACAACAUCAACCUGAUCCGCUGGAAUGCAGACAAACAUUACCUUUUGGAUAUGGAGCGAGCGGGCUUCGAAAUCCCCAGGACCCAAGUAGUCACCCCUCAGGAGGUGACCACGCUGGAAUUGCAGAGGCUGAUCCAAGACUUCCGCCCUGCGAACCCGAUAGUCCUCAAGCCAACCAUGUCGGCUUCGUCGACCAUGACUUGGAAGAUUGCCAACACGUCGAUACUCUCCGUUGAUGACAUGGCCUUCCUGGAGCUCUGUACAUCUGGGGGGUUGGCAUUGUCGUUGCUCAUUCAGGAGUUCGAACCCGCCAUACUGGUUGGAGAGUAUUCCUUUGUCUUCGUGGCCGGUGAUCUCACCCACGUCAUGAUCAAGACACCACGAAAGGGCGACUUUCGGGUCCAAGAUGAUUACGGUGGAUCUGCUCGGUUGGCCGAGUGGCGCGAUAUUGCGCCCGAAACCUUUCAGAUCGUUCGGGAGAUUUACGAGACGCUGCAACGCCGGUUUGAAGUGGCACCUGGCGACAAAAUUGGCUACGCACGCAUCGAUGGCCUCGUCACAUGUGGUCGGCCGUUUGUGUUGAUGGAAAUCGAAGCCAUCGAGCCUCAUCUGUGGCUUGAACAUACAGGUGAGGAAAACACGGUUCGAAUGUUGUCACGUCUAUUUCAGAUCGGACCUUAG